UGCUGGGAGGGAAGAUGUGGUUUCCAAACCUGGGCGUGAGCUGUGACUGUGCUGCCUCUUGCUGUGGAGGGUAAAAGUGGGUUUUAUUUUAUUUUAUCUUGUUAUUUUUGCCAUGUGGUGGCCUCCCUGCUCAGGUGUUGUGCUUUCGGGGUGCCUCCAGCCGAGGCGGGGAGGGGUCGGGGGGCGCUGGCAGCUCCCGCAGGCGCUGACUCCCUUUUAGUUCUUAUUCGUAGAAUUCUUUUAAAAUGUGAAAUCAGGAAAAAAAUGUGAUUUUUCGUGACUCGGAGUCAGGAAGCGGGAGGGAAGGUGCUGCAGCAGCGCGCCCUGACGGGCCGGCCUGGGAGCUGACCGUGCGGGCUCCCAGCUCCCCGCCCGCCGCUCCCCAGCACCUCCCUGCAGUGCGGCCUCCCGCCCGCCAGGGGGCGCCGCCGCGGCGGCUGCGGGAGCGCCUCCCCUCGCCCCGCGGGAGGGAAGGGCGGCGGGGCUGUGGAGGCGGGGCCGUACCAUCGAGGCGGGGGCCAGAGCGGCGGCGGGCGGAGUUCCGCCGCGAUGGCGGCCAUGGCGGCGGAGGAAGAGGAUUACGAAGCGGUGCUGUGCGUGAAGCCGGCCGUGCACGUCUACCGGGUGCCGCCGCGGGCCUCCAACCGCGGCUACAGAGCUGCAGAAUGGCAGCUGGACCAGCCGGCGUGGAGCGGCAGGCUGCGGAUCACGGCCAAGGGAAAGAUCGCGUUCAUUAAGCUGGAGGACAAGACCUCGGGAGAGCUGUUUGCCCAGGCGCCGGUGGAGCAGUUCCCUGGCAUCGCUGUGGAGAGCGUGACGGACUCCAGCAGAUAUUUUGUCAUCCGCAUCGAAGACGGGAAUGGCCGCCGAGCUUUCAUUGGAGUCGGCUUUGUUGACCGAGGUGAUGCUUUUGACUUCAACGUGGCUCUCCAAGACCAUUUUAAAUGGGUGAGGCAACAGAGCGAGCUGGCCAAACAAGCCGAGAACCCUGAUCAGGGGCCCAAACUGGAUCUGAGCUUCAAGGAGGGGCAAACCAUCAAACUCAACAUUGCGAACAUGAAGAAAAAAGAAGGAGCAACAGGGAACACCAGAGCGCGUCCCGCGGGUCCUGGGGGCCUGAGCUUGCUCCCACCACCCCCCGGAGGAAAAUCUUCUGCUCCGGUUUGUCCUUCUGGAGAGCGGCCGUCUUUGCUCUCUGCGCCCACCCAGCUCCCGGGCACCCCCAUCACAGACUCCCUCUUGUCCUGGCCGCAGCCCGCUGCUGCUCCCUCUGCCACUGCCACCGACGUCUGGGGAGACUUUGCCAAAGCUUCGGGGUCAGCUUCUAACCAGACUCAGGCGAACGCAGGCUGGGUUCAGUUCUGACCCUGGCCCCUCAUCCACUCUUCCCCGCGCGGGUUCUGGGAUCGUCACGAUUCCUUCAGGACCAAAGCAGGGGCUUCGGGACACCCCGCUCCUGCCCUUAAAUCCCACCCCCGGCAUUGAAAUGCCGAAAUAAGUGCUGGAGAGCAAACGAACACGUGCCUUAAAACACUCCAUGCCAGCUCCCUCCGCACCAGGGGGCCUUUUAUUGUCUACCUGGAUCACAGCAAACCCCUGCGGCUUCUCUGCUGUGCAAAAAAAGCCAUCAGCUUCAUCACCUUUCCUUAAUAACGAGAGGUUGAGCGAGUGCGCAGAGCAGGAGGACUCUUGCUUGCAGCGCUGCCCCGAUUCAGGUAAUUCUCGCUAAAGGUUUAUGCGAUAGAGCCUCCUCGGAGUCGUCUCCGCUUUCUCCUCACGUAUUUGGGCUGGAUAAAUCCUUCCCUCGGCGGGGAGCGCCCUCCUGGGGACGUCUCACCUGCGAAAUCCGGAUGAACGCCCCGCCGAGGUGCCGAGAGUCGCCCUGAGUCUUUUUCUGAGCGCUUAAGUCUGCGGUGCGGGAGGCGGGAGCCGGGCCGCUGCGUUUCCAUGCUGAAAUUGCAAAUUCCUUGCUCUGGGAAGUUGUUUUAUUUUUUCCUGCUCUAUUUCAAAGGCAGAUUUUUUACUUCUUUCUGCGGACAUUUUAUUAAGCGAUAUAUGCAAUGAAGGACAGAAUGGAGUUGGUCUCUUUGACAGAGCUGGGGUUGAAAUUCCUCUUUAAAACAAAUAAAUAUUUUCUUACCUAUUUAUAUUAAGGCCUUUCAACGUACAAAGUCCUGCUUAUUUUUUGUCAGUGCCUCGGAUUUUUAUUAUUUCCAACUGGAUGACGAGCGUUUCCGUUUCAGAGCUUAACUUUGCCUGGCAGUGAGCAUGCGAGCCCAGGUGACAGAUGUAACGCUUCAAAGCGAAUAAUAAAAUGGUUUUGAUGCCAAAUAUGAA